AUGACAGAAAUGCACGACCCCGACUUACAAACUAAAUCAAGACGUGCCACUGGAAUUUUGUCAGAAAAUCUUCAUUUUGUUGCAAACGAACCAUCUUUGGCGUUUUAUCGACUUCAAGAACAUGUACGGAAAUCUGUACCUCCCAUGAUAGAAAAACGAGUACAAGUUCAAAAACUUCAUAAGGAGUUACAGGGGCACUAUUAUGAUGUGGAAUAUGCAAUAGGAGCUAUCAAUUCGAUUAAGAACUGCGAAGAACCAUUGAACAAUAUUCAAGAACAACUUAAAAAUGCUUUAUUCCUUAGUCAACAAAUCAAGUAUGAGCAUACUAGGCGUGGAAAAUCUAAAAAAGAUUCUAUGUAUAAACGGCUAUCUGCACACUUGACUACCACUCUGGACCUACCUGAAUUACCAGAAGCUAUCAGAGAUACAGCCAACAAAGUAGAAUCUAUGGUGAACAGUGCACGACAUUCUAAUAUAUAUUAA